AUGGAGAGAGAAAGAUGCCAUGACGCCCAUCACCGUGCACGCGUCAUGAGCGGCAUGUGAGGGGCUGCAGGCAGGAAGCCGACUGGCUGUGUGUGGCCUCAACGAACUGCGUCACCAACAGAUCUGAUGUCCGGAGAAGGCAAUACAUUCAGUUUUUUGUGAGCAUCUGCGCUUGCUGACCGACUUGGGAAGACGAGAUGCCAUCGAGUGCUUGCGCAGAUUUCAAUCCUCCGAAAGCGAGCUUGGAAAAAAGAACGGUUUCACAGGGCCACAGCUCUGGCUUAUUUUCCUCCCUCGGCGGUUUUCCUGCGUCACCACAGGCUCUGCCGCUCUUCCUGUACGUGAGCCUUUCCCCUUUUUCCCCGCUGCGUGUUCCCCGCCAUGGCGCGCUAGCGAUUUGUCGAGGGACAAGCCACAGUUUUCUGAUUUGGUGAGCUCGGCCCCUACCGGACGAAAGGAAGCGGUCAUCAGAGGUCCGACGUACGUACGCACACCCACGACUGAGAGAUCUGACGGGUGAGCCCAAAAGGGAGGGUCGAUCGAGGAAGCGGAGGCGGGAGGGGGCCACAGGGGUAGAUCUAGGCAGAGGGGGUGGGUGUGAGGGGCGGGGAGGGCUGGGGAGGCGUGUGGGUGCGUGUGCGUGACGACCGGAGCGAGAUGUUGUGUCUAUCUCUGUGUGGUUUUCGGUGUGGGUAGGUACCUAGGUAUACUGGUGUGGGUAUCCCUUUCGCAUCAAGGUAGCGAAGCUGAAGGCUUCACGGGGCGUCCGCUCGACGGUACGCACAUUCCGCUCACGACCAGACGACACGUGUUCGUUGACAAAUGUGGCCUGCUUGUCUGUGUCUGUCUGUCGCCUCUGUCAGGUUAG